GGCAACAGCACAGGCUGGUGUUGCACAGAGGCCCUGUGCAGCCACCUUGUUCCUGUUGUCCCCAGGCUUUAACCAUUUUUUUUCUCAUGUGCCCUUAGGGACAGAUCUUGGUGGGACAAGAGAGGGACCUUCCAGCAUGGCCUGGAGAAGGAGGAUGCAAACCCUGACAUCACGCGGCCAACAGUGAUAAUCACACCCACUCACAGCAUGGCAAAGACAAAGGCUUCUGCUCCCAACCUGGAUUUUUUUGGCGAGAGAGUUGUUUCCCACCCAAAUGAAGUGCCAGAUUUUGUGAGGAACAUGCACCAGAGACUUGUGUCUGGUGCACCUCCAGAUGACAGGAUGUUCAUGGACAUCCUGAGGCUGGCUGAGGCACACCCUGCUGAUGUUGCAGUCACUCUCCUACGCUGUGCCCCAUCAUGUGACAGAGCUGCUACAAUCAUGUGGAGGACCAUAGCUUCAUCAGGAACGGCAGUGGACAAGGUGCUGCCAACACUGCUCUGUGUGCUGGAGGACUGGCCACUGCACAGAAUGUCCACCUCUGAUGGGGACAAAACAAGAGUCUUUGCCCUUGCUGCAACCAAGGUGGUUUGGGAGAUCCUCCGCCUGCCCUGGUGCCCAGCACCAUUUAUGGAAUAUUCCCCCCGCCUCCUUGUGGCUCUGCUCUUCCAAGUUUUUGUCAGCACAUUAGAUAUGCCACAGGAGGUUGAUACCUUCUGGAAGGAAUGCCAGGAGCAACACGGCCUUGCCAUCAGCCCCAACAGGUUUGCAGUGCAGACUCUGAAGGCACUGUUCCGCCAUCUGCGGUGCCUGGAUUUACUGGUGGCAAUGGAACGCAAGCGUGGCUGGGACACGCUGCUCUGCGCUGACACCCACCAUCAUGCUGUGGGUCUGCUGGCCAGGGAGAUGCACCGUACCUCGAACCCCUUGUGUUCCUGCAUUGCACUCCGCCUGCUGGGGCUGCUCAGCACACAGGAGGCACACUGGGAUCUGCCUGCCCUGGCAUUCCUUGUGGAGGUCCUGGAGUGCCAUGAGAUGAGGGAAUGGAGUGACAGUGCCCUGGAGAUCAUUUCAAGGUGCCUGCAGUGCAAAUCCAGGGAAAAACGUCGCUUGGCACUCAGAGGCCUUGUGGUUCUCAGCAAAGAUCUCUCAGUGGCCGAAGGCAUCCGGAGUAUGACACCAAGUCUCAUGGCCCUACUGCAGGAUGCAGAUGGAGAGGUGGUUGCACUGAUCCUCUCUGUAUUCCUAAAUGAACUGCAGAACAGAGCCACCCUAAUAUCCAGUCCCACUGCCCUGCAGCUGGCUGGGGCACUCCGGCCACUCUUUGACAAGGACAACAGCCAUGUGCAGCUGCUCUCCAUUCGCCUCUUCCAAGAGGUGAUGGAGCUGGUAAUGGAAGAGGGAAAAAAACCCCUGAAGAAACAUGUGAGCAAGAGCCUUCUCCCACUCUUCUUCCACUGCCACGAUGAGAACCAGCAGGUGGCUGAGGCCGCUUGGAAAACACUGCUUUGUGCGACCAAGUUCAUGAAGAGGAGGCGAUUGAAGCAGCUGGUGAGGAAGGGACAGCUGUGGAAGUUCGCUGAGGUCCUGCUGGCACAGGACGAGAGCCGAGCGGCCGAGUACCUGCACCAGGCCCUGCCGUACCUGCAGAACCCACAGGAGCCCCUGCGAGCAGCGGCCAUCAGGUUCAUGGGGAUUGCCGGGCGGCUCCUGAGGGGGCAGAAGAAAGAGCUGCAGCUCAUUUACAAAUCCCUUGAGAACAUGGUGGAUGACAGCAGCCCUGCCAUCGGAAACCUGGCAGUUCAAACACAGUACAUUGUCCAGGCAAUAGAAAGGGCUCGGUAUUCCAUCUUUGAAAACCUGCAAGGUCAGCUGCGCAGGGCAUGGAGGACACGGCCUCGUCUGUUGGGUCUCCGCUGGCUGCGCUGCUGUAGCUCUGCUGGCAACUGAUCUGGCAGGCUGUGUCUGCUGGGCCCGCCUGAGAGAGCAGCGAUUUUCCUUUUCCGUAGCAUCGUUCCUUUCUUCUUUUUGUUUUCUUUAUGUAUGUAAAUAUAGCAUAUGUUAUAAUA